AUGGUGAGUUCUGGUUUUAUUGUUUUGCUUCUUCUGAUCCCAGCUGCGAUCUGCUCACCAGUGUUACUCCCAGUUGACUGCAAUGACGUGUACAACAAAGGUUUUGGUAAUAGUGGGGUUUACAGCAUCUUCCCAGGAGGACCUCUCUCCCCUGUCCAGGUCUACUGUGACAUGGGCUGUCAGGACCAACCUGAUGGUGGUAAAUGGACAAUCCUCCAGAGAAGAAAGGAUGGCACCAUCAACUUUUAUCGUGGAUGGGACCAGUACAGAACUGGGUUUGGACAAGCAUCUGGAGAAUACUGGUUGGGUCUGGAGAACAUCUAUCUCCUAACUUUAAGUAAGAGCUAUGAGCUGAGGAUAGAAAUGGUAGACUUUGAAGGGGCGAAGGCUUUCGUCCACUAUUCCUCGUUCACGGUGGGUCCAGAGCACGAGGGCUACACGCUCACCUUCAGUGGCUUCAAAGAUGGAGGAGCUGGAAAUUCCCUGAGUGGACAUAACGGUCACAAGUUUUCUACAUUUGACAAGGACCAGGACACUUAUGCUUCAAACUGUGCCAAGAGCUACUUCGGUGGAUGGUGGUACGAAGCAUGUCACAGCGUUAAUCCUAAUGGUCUUUACUUGUGGGGCAGCUCAGCCUAUGGGAUAGGAAUCGUUUGGCAUUCUUGGAAAGGAUAUGAGUACUCAUUGAAAGAAAUUACAAUGAAGAUAAAACCCAAACUGUAA